AUGAGCUUGUCGCUGUCACCGGCCGAGGUGGAUGCGCUCCGGCCCUGGCUUGACUCCACCAUCGAGGAGCUCUUCCUCCUGCCCAAUCCCGAGCUGGCCGAUGUCGUGGUCACCUCCCUUGCUGAGGGGACUCGCUUCUCGCAACUGCGCUCUCGCCUACUCUCGGUCGUGAAGGAUGAGCUCGGUGCCAAUAAGUUCCUAAACCUCAUUCAGGCCAAGGUCGAGUCGCUGGCCCGGUCUCGGAAGCGGCCGCUCGAGGGCGCUGCCGAAAGCCCGGCCAAGCGCGCCCACCAGGCUCCCGCUGAGCCGAGCCCCGUGCCCACGACCGCGUCCACGCCCUCGGCGGCUGCCUCGGCUGACGCGGCUCGGGCCAAGCUCGAUGCACUGCUGGCUGGCGGGAAUCCUGCUCUCCAAAAGGCUCUGGCGUUCGAGAUUCCCCAGCCCAAGGCCCAGGCCCCAGCGGCACAGGCCUUUGUGGCUGCUGCCCCUCCAGCCGCCAAUGCUGCCUCUCGUCCGACCGCCGCGACCACCUCGGCCAAGACUGCGCCGGCCAAGGAGCCGGUCAAUCCGUAUCUCGCGCCGGCGACCGCCGCCUCGCGCUUUAGCCGCCGCCACCGCAAUCUGACCUUCUUCGAGCCGGGCGCCAUCGUCGACCAGGCCGAGGCCCAACGCAAGCAGGCGCGGCUCGAUGAGCUCAAGCGCAAGGUCGAGGAAUCCCUCAACAAGGCCGCCAUCAAGGAAAACCUCGACCUGUCGGACACCUUCGAGGAUCCGUACUGCGGCGAUCCGCCGAUUGUCGAGUGGUGGGAUGCCCAGUUUGUCACCUCCUAUGCCGGGGUGGACGCCGGCGAGGCAGGCCUCGACUACACGGCUGUCUCGCACCUGGUCCAGCACCCAGUGCCUCCCGAGGCGCCGAUGCCCAUCCUGCCGCCUCCCACCAAGGAGCUCUUCCUCACGAAGCGGGAGCUGAAGAAGCAGCGUCGCAUGCGCAAGCUCGAACUUGAGAAGGAGAAGCAGAUCAAGAUUCGCGCCGGUCUCAUGGCGCCGCCCCCGCCCAAGCUCAAGAUCUCGAACAUGGUCCGUGCGCUCGGCAUGGAGGCCCUGCUGGACCCGACCAAGGCCGAGAUGAUGGUCAAGGAGCAGCGCGACCUGCGGCAGGAGAUCCACCAGAAGGCCAACGCCGAGCGCAAGCUCACCCAGGCCGAGAAGCGCAGCAAGGUCCAGUCAAAGCUGGAGCAGGACCGCGCCAAGGGCAUCCGGGUUCUUGUCUUCCGGAUCACCGAUCUCACGGACGGAGGCCACCGAUUCAAGGUCGAUGCCAACGCGCGGCAGCUCAUGCUCUCUGGCCUGGCGCUCCUGUGCAGCCCCAACAAUCUGGUCAUUGUGGAGGGUGGCUCCAAGGCGGCCAACCACUACAAGAAAUUGAUGCUCAACCGAAUCAAGUGGAACGAGAGGUCCGCCCCGGCGGCCGACGCCGCGUCCACUGCCGAGGCCAAACCGGCGAUCGUGGCGGCUACCGAGGCCUCGGAGCCGAACGAAUGCCACCUUGUGUGGGAGGGUCUGGUCAGCGCGCCGGUCUUCGACAGCUUCCGAUUCAAGGCCUUCAAGGAUGAGAAGGCGGCGCAGGAUUUCCUCCGCAGCCUGGAUCUUGGUCACUACUGGGACAGCGCCAAAAACUUCACCGGCGAAAUCACCAUCUAA